CUCGGGCCCAGACUCUCCCUGUGGGGUUAGCGUGUGCACUACUCCAUCCUCCUGAGUCCGUCACGUAGUGUCACUUGGCGGAAGUUGUUGUUUUUAAACCCGACAGCUUGUUUUUUUUCUUCUCUUUCUGCUGCUAAGUUUCUCGUGGGUUUGCGCCUGUCAGAUGCACCAUGUUUACAGGAAAAAACAAGAAGAAGCCGCCGAGCAAAGGCCAAGGCGUAGCGACUGCCAAGCAACUUGGCCUUGUUGUAGACUUCUCGCCUGAGGAUAUGAUGAUGAAUACAAAUGGGGAUGAUGAUGAUGAUGGAGAUCUGGAAGCAGAAUUAGCUGAAAUAACUGGAAAGAAGCCUGUUACUAAACCAAAGUCUAAAGGAAAAUCACCUUUACCAAUGGACCAUAUAGAACAAAUGGCUGAGGAAUGUCUGAAGGAUAUAGAUGAAAAUGAAGAUGAUGAUGAUGAUGAUUUGGAAGAUGAAGAAGAACUCUUGGCAGAACUGAAGGAAAUGGUUCAGGAGGAGGAGGUGGAAGAGGAAGAGCAAGAGGAGCAGGAAGAACCUACAAAUCCAUCUGUUCUCAUAGAGUCUGCUCCGGAUCCAGUGAAUCAAUGUCCCAUCUCUCAGCCUCAGUCAAAUAUAGUUACUGUUAAUGCUGGAUUGCAAAAUACGUUGGAAGAGAGACUGCAAAUGUACAGAAUUGCAAUUAGUAAUGCAAAGCAAGCUGGAGAGAUGUCAAAACUGAGGCGAUAUGAACGAGGAUUAAAGACAUUGCAGACACUACUGGCUUCUGCAAACAAAGGUAAAAAGAUAGAGGAAGCAGAAAUUCCUCCCCCAGUUGCAACUGGUAAAAGCAGUACUACAGCAGUGGAGUCUGAGAGUUCAAGUGCAAAAAGUUUGGAAGGUGGAAUGGAUGAAAUGUGUCAGGAUACACGAGCACCAGCAAAUGAGGCACUACUACCUAAACCAAGUGUUACAGAGUUACCUCUGUCUUCAGAGCCUGAGCCUUCAAACAUUGCAGCAUCUGUAACUUCUGUUCAGUCCGAGAUUGUUGAUGUGUUGACUACUGAUGCAGCAAAUAAUGACAACGCUGGAAGUGAUGAUACAAAAACAAAAGUAUUAUUGGUUGGGAGACAGAAGGAGUAUAAACUGGCUGCACUAAAAGCAAAGCAAGUGGGAAACAUCACGCAAGCUAAAGAAUACAUGAAAAUCAGCAAAAAAUUUGAUGUUGUGAUAAAGGCUUUGGACAGUGGGGAGCCUGUAGAUCUGACUAAGCUGCCACCAUUACCAACAGCUUUGACAGAUACUUCAGCCGAAGAAAAAUCACUUGGUCCUUCAAAUGUCGUAACUCUUCCGGAGCAGCAAGGAAUGGAUUCAAAAAAAUAUCAAGACACUCCAGAAUCCGGCCUACCACCACCACCUAAAGAUGUUGUAGAAGCUCUGCAUCAAAGAAUGGAGAAAUAUAAGACCGCAGCAGCUCAAGCUAAAGCUGAUGGGAAUGACCGUAAAGCAAGGAUGCAUGAGAGAAUAGUGAAGCAAUAUCAAGAUGCAAUUAGAGCUCACAAAGCUGGAAGGAAAGUGGAUUUUUCGGAUCUUCCUAUACCGCCAGGAUUCCCACCAAUACCAGGAGUGGAAGGAGCUUCUGGAGAUCACAGCAUUGUUGAAACACUUGAAACUGCAUCCAGACUAGUCACUCCGGCAAUUGAGGAGAACGAAGAGGUUACAGAGGUUGAGAGUGGAUCUCCUCAGCCAAGUAUGCAACCUCCAGUUGCAAAGAAACCAACAAAGCUUCCAGGCCAUGGAGUGCAAACAGCUGAAGCAACAUUGAUAUUACCAGUUGCAUCAGAAGAAAGACAAUCCCCAAAACCAUUAAAGAAGCCAACACCAAGUGAUCAUUCGAUUCAGCUCAGUUCAGUCGCUCAGCAACAAUUGGAAUUUCUUCAGAAUAGGAAGAAAUUGUACAUGAAAGCUGCUGUACAAGCAAAACAAAAAAAGAACUUGGAACAAGCAAAACAUUUCCUUAAAAUUGCAAAAGGCUUUGAUCCAAUGAUUGUGGAUGUCCAAAGCGGAAAAUCAAUUGAUAUUUCAAAGGUUCCUUCACCCCCUGAUACAGAAGAUGAUGAGUUUAUAAUAGUGCAUCACAAGGAUGUGCAGAUUUCAGAAACGUUGGAUGAAGUGUACACACAUCUUAUGAACCUUCUGAAGGAGCAAUAUGAGAAAUGCAUGUCCUAUUCAAAGCAAUUUAUACAUCUUGGCAAUGUCGCUGAGACCACCAGAUUUGAGAAGAUGGCUGCAGAUUGCAAGAUAAGUAUGCAAAUCCUUAAACUUGGGCAGGCUCGUGGCUCGGAUCCACCAAAGUAUCAUUUUGAGGAGAGAACCUUUAAAACUGUACGCAUCUUUUCUGACAUCAGCAGUGCUGAAAUGCUCCUCAUCAUUGUAAAAGGAAUAAAUCUCCCUGCACCUUCAGGUGUGGCAACACAUGACCUUGAUGCUUUUGUAAAGUUUGAAUUUCCGUAUCCUAGUACAGAGCAAGCCCAACGACAUAAAACAGCUGUGAUCAAGAAUACAAAUUGUCCAGAAUAUAAUCAGCGUUUUGUGCUCAAUAUUAACAGAAAUCAUCGAGGAUUUAAACGAGUAAUUCAGACCAAAGGAAUUAAAUUUGAAAUAUUUCAUAAGGGGGGAUUUCUGAGGAGUGACAAAUCAGUGGGAACUGCACAGUUAAAACUGGACAAAUUAGAAACACAGUGCGAAGUCAGAGAAAUUGUAGAGAUAUUUGAUGGUAGAAAAUCUACUGGUGGUCGAUUAGAACUAAAAGUUCAAAUCAGAGAACCUCUUAAUGGACAAGAUUUGCAAAUUAAUACAGAAAAAUGGCUUGUCCUUGAUCCAGCCAGUAGGUCACAGGACUAACACAACUGCUUGAACUUAAGGUCAACUGAUAAAAUCUAUGCACUUUUCCAUGACUGCUAUUGUGAAGAUUUGCUGCUACUGGGACUGCUAUUUACAUACAAAGCCAAAGAUUCAAAAUAUCUAUUUAAAGCUUGUCUUUGUUGGAAACCUGCACAUUUAAAAGUACCUUACCUUAAAGAAACAGGGCAAUGUAGACAAUCCAAGAUUAUAAAAUAAACUCCCUAUAUUUUAAUAAAGUUAAAAUAGUGAAAUUGUGUGCUUCUAGCAGAGGUGAACUAUUGUAUAGAAACAGAACCAUUGUCAGGAGGGAGGCAACAGGAAGGGAAAAGAUUCAUUGAGAUAUUUCUCAAAAGGUGCAAAUCUUAGUACAGUACAAGACUUUUCCCUGAAAUCACUCGUAUAAAAGAGUCCAGUUUAUACAAGAAUAAUUUUUAUUGCUGUUGAUUUAAUGUGAUAAAUAUUUAAUAUACUAUGCAAUAGUUUUUAUUAGGAAACCAUUUAUUUGUAAUCAGUUUCUAAAGUGCACAUUUGUCUACUGCCAAUAGAAAAAAAGACAGCAUUUCAUCUAAAUGUACAGUGAUUCUGUAUAUUUGUCUCUUAUGCAAGAUAAAACCAUAUUUCCAUUCAAGAAUAUACAGUUGAAGGAAAUAGGCUGGACUAAAAGAUAACACCUACUUGCUAAGUUAAAGCCAAUGCUACAAUUCUUUUUCAAUUAAGGGCAUGUUCAUUUCCCUUGUAUUAACUACUCGAUUGAUUGUUUCUAAAUGCAGGAAAACAAAUAUACAGAGUAUUUUUGGUUUUUAAAUAACCACAUUUUAUAUUCACAUACAGGAAUUCAUUUGACCGAGAUUCUGCUUCAUUCCAGCACCCAGGAUACCUUUCUAUAAUAGAAGCAGUUUCUUUUCUUAGCUUUUAAACACUGAUCCCUGUAUAUAUGAACAGUUAUUACCUGAGGUGCUCAUGCACCAGCAAAUACAAUUAAUACAGUUGAUACCAAAUGCAGUAUGGCUGAGAAAGUCAUUGAAAGGUCUUACUUUUAAACUAUACAUUACUUUUAUUUCAUGGCUAGAGAUUACCACAAUAUUCCCAUAAUGUGGCAUACAAGGCAUAAGUUAAGUGCUUCAAAACUUUAGACAUACAUUAUAUACAAACCAGAGAUUAACUGCUGAUUAUGUAAGGAAAAUAGUGAUUGAGGUCAGUGAGUAUUGGUGUCACCAAUGCAUUCUCAUACUGUCCUCAUGUGAUGUAGUGUCAUUGAUACGUUCAGUUGAAAACCAUUAAAAAUCCUCAAAGAAUAAUGGAUAGGCUGUCAAUCCAGGCAAUGUAAACUAGUAGCUGAAACUCAAUUUUUCAUGCUUCAGUACAGUAUCAGUCCAACAAUGGAUCAGGUCCACAAUUUUUGGAACAAUGAAAGGCAGGUACCCUGUCCUACAUUACAUUAAUCAAAAUGAUCCAUGGUGCAUAGUAGAUUCAGCAAUAAUGGAGCACCAAUUUAAUUUUAAUAAGUUUAAAGUGCAAAUGUCUUUAAUCAUGGAGGAAAGUACACCAGUGAGAAGGAAAAUAUGUUUCAUGUUCUAAGAGAAGCUUUCCAAAAUGUAAAAGAUAAGCUCCAUUACAACUGACCCUUCACUCAGCUGACAAGCUCCACCAUGGAUUACUGGGACUAAAGCAUUGUCCAGAUCAUUCAUGUACUGUGAAGGAAGGGGCUGUCCAUUACUACCAGCUUGAUAGCCAACCUGAAUAAGUAAAUGAAAAUUUAUGAAAGUAGACUGAAUAUAUGGUUAAGAAUAAAUAUUCUAUUCUA